AACCCUUCCCCCAAUACACACAAUGGCCAAACCUUCCAUUCCAGCUAAGGUCACGGUGCAGACCACUCGUUUCCUCAAGGCCAACCAGUACGCGCCCCAGGUGUUCCUCUUCCGCAACAUCGAGUCCGGCCAGGUGGUGUAUUCGCAGACGCCAGCGGUCGAGAAAACCUACAUGUAUGAGCAGUUUUUGCGUCCCAACUGGGAAAAUAAACGUCCAACCACCAGACGUGACAUCUGGAAGUGUAUGUGCGUGGUUGAAUUGAACUCCUACGACGACGCUGUAGAUACGUUCCAGGCGCUUGUCGACUUGAGAACCAGACGUGAUGUCACCGACAGGUUGGAGGUGCGCGGACAGAGAGUCAGAAACCAGGACGGCAACAUCUGGUUCUCGGGCCAAUUCAGACCGACAUAUGCCAUGGAGUCCGUCGCGGACUUGUCGACCGUGAUUGAAGAGUUCCAGUUGGCCGACACCAAGAUCCUCUGGGAGGACUUGUGGAGAAAGGGUGACGACAAGCACUGGGACACCACGUUGGUGGAGCACCAGGAGUUGCCGAGAUUAUCCAGCAGAAACGAAUUGGCCGUGUUGAAAGAGUUGAGGGCCGCCAAAAUUGAGCAGAUGGACGUCUUAAAGGGAGAGAACAGACUCAAGAACAAGCAAAUCUUGGAGGACAACGGAAUCAAGAUCGAAGGUGUCGAGCAGUAGGCUCCAGGAUCCAGAUGUAUAGUAUCGAGCGGAGAGGCGCGGUAGCGCAUGUACAUAGACGUAAUGCAUUCUUCGUUGCAUCCGAAGUGUAACAAGUGGAUUGCUUUAGCAAAACCGAUGUUUAUCAAGGUGGAUCAACUAAGCCACGAGGUUUAUGGGGGUCUUUAUGCAAAGAGUUGCCAGGGAUUUCAGUCUAUUGUCAGUUAUAUAUUCAUUUGAUACUAGGUCAUAACAUCCAGUGCUACAAAUCAAGUUACC